AAUACUGCGCUUCCUCUGCGAAAAUGGCUUCCGCUGGUUCUCAGAAGCUGGAAGAGAAACUAAUAUGUUGCAUUUGCCUGGAGAUAUUUUCCACCCCUGUGACCGUGCCUUGCGGGCACAGUUUUUGUGAGAAGUGUAUCACCAGCCACUGGGACAAAGAGGAACAAGGACUCAACGGGCAGAAGGUCUGCACCUGCCCCGAAUGCCGGAAAAGCUUCCCAGAGAGGCCCGCACUCAGCAAAACCGUCCAGCUUGACAGCCUGGUGGAGCUGCUGAGACUGGAAGACGCGCCCCCGCUUGAGCCGGAGAAGGCAGCUGCUUCUCCGGCGAGGAAGUGCCCAACGCACGGCCGGCCCUUGGAGCUCUACUGCCUGACCGAGAAGCGCUGCAUCUGCUGCGUCUGCACCGUGAGGACGUGCCCGCAGCACAGGAGGGCGCUCUUGGAGGAGGAGCGGAAGGCGAAAGAAGAGUCAAUAAAGGAAACCUUGGAGGAAAAGCAAAAGGAGGCAGAAAAGAUUGAAGCAGAAAUCCAGAAACUGGAGCAGCAGAUGGACCAUAUUAAAGUUUUCUCAAUGAAGUUCAGAUCAGGAAUUUUUCAAAAGUUUGAGCAUCUCAUGGAAACCCUAAAAGAAUGCCAGAAGAAGGUGGUGGAGAGGGCUGAAAGUGAGCAUGCAGCUCUGGUAAAGCAAAUGAUGGAGAACUGGAAUUGCCUACAGCAUUAUAUGGAGACUUUCACACAAUACAACAAGACCGUGGAAGGGCUGCUGAGCUGUGCUGAUGAUAUAAUGUUUCUUGAAGAGCAACGUCUCCUUUCUCCACCUAGUAAAUUGGAAGUUCCUCCAGUCAUUCAGCUUGAUUUGGAUAACAACGCAUAUGCCAUCACUGAAUUCUUCAAUGAGUUCUUCAGGCUUUUGGAGGAACUUCAGUCACAUCUUUUGAAUCCACAAAUGACUAACAGAAAAAUCUCACCUGAGCCAAAGAUAUAUGUGAAGAGGAUGCCUGGACCUUGUUUUUCAGAGAAUGAACUAAGGACAAAGCUUCUAAAGAAUCAGCAGAACUUGACAUUUGAUCCAAUCACAGCUAACAAAUACCUGCAGUUAUCUGAUAACAACCAGAAGGCAACUCAUCCCCAAGGUUUUCACAAGCCAAAGCCAAAUGACCCUCAAAGGUUUGAGCCAUGGCAAGUCAUGUGUACUCAGAACUUCAGCCAGGGCAGUCACUACUGGGAAGUGGAGUUAUCUGACCACUCUGUCAUCGUUGGCGUAGCUUGUGAAAGAUUCACAAGGAGGAAACAGACUCAUCAGAAAUUCACCAUUGGGUUGGAUAAACUCUCCUGGGGCCUGCAUGUCCAAGAAGACAGCUAUGUGGCUUGGUACAAUAACAAGUCUGCAAAGAUAAAAGAGCCUCUCUGCAAAUUCAUUGGAGUUCUGUUGGACUGUGAUCAAGGAGUUAUAUCCUUUUACAGCAUAGACAAUAAUAUGAAAUGCCUUCAUAUUUUUCACACCACCAUUACGGAGCCUCUUGUCCCAAUUUUCUGGCUUUGUGAAGGUACAGCUGUGACCCUUUGCCAAAGGCCAUUGUAACUGAUGAGAGGUCACCUGCUUUACAGGCAAAGGUUGUCCCUGUGGAAAAAUGCUGAGGCAAGCAAAUACAUCUGGAGUAUUGAAAAGAAGUUUUAAGUUGCUUGAGUGUACAGAGACAAAUGUUGCAUUUCUGUUUUUUAUAGCUCCCUUGUGAGUUGCAAGUCAUCCUUGCCCUUCCAGGUAAAGAUGCAGCUAGGUGCUAAUGCAGCAUAGAACCUGAUGCACAUCAUUUUGGUGCUGAAUAGAGCUUUCUGGCAAUCUACAAAAAAAUACAUGAAUGGGAAUAAUGAAAUAGUGUAAACAAAAGGAUAAUCAACUUUUAAUUGGGAAAUUGUCAUAGCCAAUAGAGAACCAAGUUGGCAGAAAGCAGUAGUGUUGAGAAUUUACCCUGGACAAAUCACUGUUCACAAGUUCUCUAGUCACUUCAUUGUGAAAGUAUAUUGUGAAACUGUAAGUACAUACAGUUUCUCAUACUUGUGACUGAGUAGUAACCAUUUCUUAAGAACGUGCAUUCCAGAAGGCAAUUUUUAAAAUUUAUUUCUGUACCUUUUUUUCCUAUUAGAGGAGACUAGAGUAUUUUACAAAAGAACCAAAACAAUCUUUUUAAAAAAGUAAAAACAUUGAUAGCAAAACAGAAUUAUAAAAAUAUAAACAUUAAUGUUCAUUUUUUAAAAGGCAGUUAGGUCUGGAGCAGGUUUUAUUCUGUUUUCCUAUGUGAAAAUUUGCAGGGAAAGAAUAUGUUUAUUUUUCUAUGCAAUUGUGAUGUAUCUACAACUAGCAUUACAGAUUCUUGUUGUGUUUAUUAUCAGUUUUAUACUGUUUGUUCCAAUGGAAAGUUGGAAUGAAAUUGUGUGAAGUUCCUCAGAACUGUCCAUCAGCAAGAUAUCUCCCAGAAAAUCGAACAGAACAGGGCCGUAUUUGGUAUAUGUGUGGGGUGGGGGGUGGAGAAGCUGGAAAAAGAAAGAUCAGAGUUGAAAAUGAGUCAGAUCUGGCUAGAGGCUGUUGGGGAAAAGAUCCAGGAAAAAUAAUUUUUCAGUCCAUUUCUAUGGGACAGGCAGGAGGCAGUGGCUCAGUUUGCUGUCAAUUUCUCCAUUCUAAGCACUCUCCCUAUUCGACUGACCCAGAAGGGACCAUUAUUAAAGAGUUAGAAAGAAUUCCAAAAGCCAUGCUAUGCAUUCUUCCCCUAUCUUGUUUAUUAAAGAGUAUGAGGUAGGAAUUAAACUGAGCAAAUAUAUUUGCUUUUUGUCUUUUUAAAAAGGUUGCUAAAUUCUUGGAUUAUACUUUCCUUUUCUGCCUGUGAACUGGGCCAUGCCUGUAAUCUUCCAGGGCCAUAAUAGCCCAAGAAGAGUAAAAAUUCUGGGAGUUGAAGUCCGCACAGCUUAACGUCGCCACCGUUGAGAAACGCUGCUUUAAGUCAUGCCUUCUGCUACUUCCUACCCCACCUCUCAAGUAAAAAAUAAAGCCAUCUUUCCAUUUAUUAGCAUGGAGGAGGAACAGCACUGCGGGAACUGAAGGGGCUGGACCUUCCACCAACAACCACGUCACUAUAAAGUCCUUGAUGACGUCUGCUGGUUUCUUGGCAGUGCCACUUGCUAUAUCAACAGGUAUCUCCAAUAUUACAUACACAUCCAAUUAUGCACAGCGCAAUGUUAUCAACUUGUAAAAGGCUUAACUGCUGAAAGGAUGCAACUAACAAUUUCAGAUCCAAAUGUUUACUCUUGCCCCCAGUUUAUAAGUAGUUGUGACAGACUGAUUAAAAACAGAAAAGGGAAAGAGUAAUAUAUUUCAGCUGUGUUUUGAGAGCGCUAGGCAACGCUGGCCAGGUGACAGGAACUGCAGUUGUGUUUUCAAGCUGUCACCUGUGCAUCUUUCCUUGGGAA